AUGAUUCCACGUAAUGAUUUUGAAAAUUCAAAUGAACAAGGUACAUCAACGACGACGACAACAACAGCAACAGAUAUCACUGUAAUGACUUCUGAACAAAUGACGUCUUCUGAUGUACAAAGAGUUGAAGCGAUAAGUAACAUGGAGACGACAACUGGCGACAAUGACACUGCUGAGAUAAGACCAGGUCGUAAACGGAAAGGUCCUCGUGAGGGUAUUGUACCGUUAACCCUACUAAGCCAAGACAGUGAUCAAACAACUGACGAAAGUCUAUCCACGGAAACCUCUCUUGUUCCAGAUUCGGAUGACAACGACAAUGAUACACCUAUAACAAAUAAAAAUGAUUAUGCUCAACAAGGAGCACCUACAACGAGUAAGAGUCCAGCGAUUAAGCUCAGAGAAUCAAGACGAAAACAACAUGGACAAGAAGGAAAACCGGGCAAUGCCAAGAGACCUCAUUCUGUGCCAACAAAUGAAAACAAUUUUGACGUUUUACACAGCAAUCUAAAAGAGAUGAGAAAAUAUACUGGUGUUGAGACGUUGUACGAGGAAGCCGAAGAAAAACGCAAGGCCGAGGAAUUCAAACAGUGGCAACCAAGUGUGGUAACACGGGAACAAAGACGUGAAGUUAUUGGAAACUAUGAGUCACAAAAAGGUAGAGAAUCAGUAAGCGAUCGAAACGUAAUAUCUUGGGUUCAAGAAAAUGAAGAGUAA